UAUUUCUCAUUGGCUCUAUUAUGGCAGGAGGCUCCGUCGGUUAAACUGACAAAUGCCAAGUGCGAGUCCUACAAUAAAUCAUGGGUCAUCAUGCAUACGUGUCGCCUGAAGGCCCACUCUCGCAACAAAACAAGUUUGAAUGUAAAUAUCACGGUCUUAGAGCCAGCGUACAAAAUCUCUGUCAAAUUUAAAAUGUGGAAGAGGGCGAAUGGAUACAAACCGUUUCUCUUCGACUUCCACUUGGAUUGCUGCGAGUUUUGGAGGAGACGCCACCACCCAGUAGCCAAGAUUGUCUAUAAUCUGUUGAAGGAUUCGUCCAACCUGAAUCAUUCAUGUCCUUAUAUGGGUGUGCAGACGCUAAGCGAUUUUCAUCGCAUUGAAUUGCCCGUGAUACUGCCAUCGGGGGAAUAUCUCCUUACGUUGAUUUGGAUGUUCGAUGGUAAGCCGCAGUUUUCAACAAAUAUUUCUUUCACCUAUUUGGAGGAUCUGUGGACGAGAAACUGA